CUGUAAAUAUAUUUUCAUUUAAAAUGCCAAACAGCUGAUAUUUGUUUACUUCGUGUUUAAUUUUGAAUUAGUGCAAUAUUUUGCUGAAAAAUGCUACGUACCAAAUUGCUACAUUUAUGUAAGCGCUCAUUUGCGACGCAUUUGACACCGAAGCAGCAAGAGCUUAUGGCGCGUGGCCUUCCUAAAAAAGCGCCAUUACCAGGUGUAACCAGUAUAGUGAUUGUAGCAUCUGGAAAAGGUGGUGUCGGCAAAUCCACAGUGGCCGUCAAUCUGGCGGUAAGUCUUGCUAAUAUGGGGAAACAUGUUGGAUUAUUAGAUGCCGACAUAUUUGGACCGUCUGUACCGUUAAUGAUGAAUAUACAUGAAGAACCUUUAGUUGAUGAAAAUAAUUUAAUGAUACCACCUAUUAACUAUGGUGUUAAAUGUCUGUCCAUGGGACUACUAGCGAAACAAACCGACGCAAUAAUAUGGCGUGGUCCGCUCGUCAUGUCUGCUGUGCAACGACUUUUAAAAGGUGCAGUUUGGUCGCCACUUGACGUACUUAUUGUGGACACACCACCUGGCACAGGUGAUGUUCACCUUUCACUUGCACAAAAUGUACCAAUAGCCGGUGUGUUAUUGGUUAGUACACCACAAAAGGCAGCGUUGGAAGUUACACUGCGUGGUGCGCAAAUGUACCGCAAAUUAGGCGUACCAAUCAUAGGUUUGGCGGAAAAUAUGGGUCAUGCGAUUUGUGGAAAUUGUCAGACGCGCAUGGAAAUUUUCCAAAAUACAACAGAUUCCUUUACAAAACAAAUUGGCACAAAUAUUUUGGCAUCUAUACCCUUGGAUGGAAAUAUUACAGAAUGUUGUGAUAAGGGAGUACCUGCAGUAAUUAAAUAUGCCGAGACAGCGUACGCAAAAAGUUAUCAGAAAUUAGCGGAAUCUCUUGUGCAUGUGCUACAGAAGAGCCUAACAGGGGAACAGUAAAAUAAAUGAUAGCUUUAUGUUUUAAUUUAUAAACACGAUUUUAUUAAAAAAAAAAGAUACCGACAA